CCACUGCCCCGCCCCCGCUCACGGCUCGAGCGAGAACCGACCGUUACCGGAAGCGGCGCGAGGCCGCGGCUGUUUGUCUUCAAUUUAAAUCUCAGUCGACAACAAGAACCGCCGCCGCCAUGAAGCUGCUCCUCAACUCCAGCUUCGAGGCCAUUAACUCCCGGCUCACCAUGGAGACCGGGGACUGCGCCAUCAUCGGCAGGAUUGAGAGUUACUCCUGCAAAAUGGCUGGUGAAGACAAACAAAUGUUUAAGCAGUUCUGUCAGGAGGGCCGACCACACAUUCUUGAGGCUCUUUCCCCACCCCAGACUACAGGCAUCAGCCCCAACAGGCUAAGUCGGAGUCAAAGUGGCGAUGACAGUGAGAGUCCACUGAGCGAUAAUUGUAGCCGCAAAACCUUAUUCUACCUGAUCGCCACACUCAAUGCAUCUUUCCGUCCAGACUAUGAUUUCAGCAAAGCAAAGAGCCAUGACUUCAGCAAAGAACCCAGCCUCAACUGGGUUGCAAAUGCAGUAAAUGGGAGCCUGUCUUCAGCUGCAGGGGAGCAGUUUAACCAGCUCAAGCCUGAACUGUGGCAGGCCAUUGAUGAUGAGAUCUGUCUUUCAGAAUGUGAAAUUUUCAGCUAUAACCCAGAUCUAGACUCUGAUCCCUAUGGAGAAGAAGGUAACUUGUGGUCGUUCAACUACUUCUUUUAUAAUCAGAGACUGAAGAGAAUUGUUUUCUUCACUUGUCGCUCAGUCAGUGCCUUUGUGGUGCCUGGUGAUUCUGGGCUUGGGAACGAGCUGGACAUGGAGCUGGAGCACGAGGGAAGUGUGGUGGAGGAGGAAGAGAACCUGGAUGAGACAAGGUAUGAAGCCGUUUGUGCUUGAAGCUGGUGACUAGACUUAUUGAAUGGCCGUUUUGCAUUUCUUCAUCUUGAGAUGGACAUUUCUCCUGCCUCCUGUUCAGCAUUACAUGAUUAAAUUCAUGACUUUAUUGAACUUUCCAGAGGGGGAACAAUCCCACCCCCUGAAUAAGGAAGCUCUUCAAAAGUGUUGGACAAAGGAAUUUUUUUUUUUAGAUUUCCUGCACUGGUCCCAUUGAUGAUGGCUUCUGACAUUGUGAAAGCAGAACUGUUCAUUGGGUACUUCCUACAGACUGAAGGCAAACUUUACAAGUUUGGUACCAGCAUACCACCAGCACUUACCUCCCCCUUAAAAUACUGUUCUUAAUUUAUCUUCUCUGAUGGUUGGAUGAAGUCCUUUCGAGGGCUCUGGGAUCUGCUGUGUUUACUUAGAUAUUCCCAUUUCUUGGAAAUGAACACAAGCCAACGGUCAGUGCAAUACUGACUUUAUGUUUUUACCAACUUAAGUUCUGCAACCAAAAUAUUUGUCUUGAAUGUUCUUAAAUGUUAAGAGCAUAAACUUAUUGUCUAUAUACUGUCAGGUACUGCCUCCUAAGCUAACAGGCGCACACUCUCCUUUUUAAAUGGAUGGGACUAUUUGUGUACAUGAAAUAUGUUUUAAGUGCCGCAGGAAUUUGCUGAAUGGACUAAUUGCCACGUAUUCUGCUACCUGGCACCCAAUGCAGAAAAAUCAAAUCAGCGGCAGCAACGCACUGGGCAGUUUUGUGACAAAACAUUUUGCGACCCAGAUUAUUUUUCUCAAUAAAUAUUAAAGGGAAACUUUAGGGAAGAGGAAAAA